AUGGAGGUGGUGCCAGAAAGGCGAGUUCUUUCCACACAGGCAGUGGUUAAGGGAGUUGCAAGGGAGGUGAUUGCGGUGGUUAAGGGAGGUGCAAGAGAGGUGGUUACUUCUUUCCUUCUCUGCCAUCGGGGUUCCUUAAAAGGCACACACUGCAGCAGUCAUUCCGAUGCUCUAUUUCCGAUCCCUCUUCCUUACUUCUUCCCUCUUCCUUGCUUCUUCCCUCUUCCUUGCUUCUUCCCUCUUCCUUGCUUCUGCCUCUACCUUGUUUAUCCCCUCUUCCUUGCUUCUGCCUCUACCUUGUUUAUCCCCUCUUCCUUGCCCCUCUGCCUUGCUUCCCCCUCUGCCUUGCUUCCCGCUCUGCCUUGCUUCCCCCUCUGCCUUGCUUCCCGCUCUGCCUUGCUUCCCCCUCUGCCUUGCUUCCCGCUCUGCCUUGCUUCCCUCUCUGCCUUGCUUCCCGCUCUGCCUUGCUUCCCGCUCUGCCUUGCUUCCCGCUCUGCCUUGCUUCCCCCUCUGCCUUGCUUCCCCCUCUGCCUUGCUUCCCCCUCUGCCUUGCUUCCCCCUCUGCCUUGCUUCCCCCUCUGCCUUGCUUCCCCCUCUGCCUUGCUUCCCGCUCUGCCUUGCUUCCCCCUCUGCCUUGCUUCCCCCUCUGCCGUGCUCCCCCCUCUGCCUUGCUUCCCCCUCUGCCUUUCUCCCUGCUUCACUGCUACUUCCCUCUCCCGCGCAUCUCCCUUGCUUGCCUUGCUGUGCCCUUCUGACUCACCCUGA